AUGGAGAUAUUUUGUUGGUCAAAUUCAACGUCACGAGCCAAGGCGUCAAGAAAAAGACUUAGAGACGCGUGGUGUAUCGGAAAGGUGACUGCGGACCGAGGGCAAACGAAACGCCCGCAAGCAAGCAUGCAAGCAAGGAGCGUUUACUCAGUGUCCAGAACAGGCGCUGGGAGGACUCUGGGCCUCCCCGACGUCGCCAUUGCCAUGGGAUUCCUGCGGACGGCCGCUGCCGCUUCAUGCACCGCCGGAGGCAAGUUCCGGGUUGUGCAAUGCAUACAAACGAUGUGCGUCAGCGCGCACUGCAGAUACGAGGAGGUGCUUCAGUGGCGAACCGGCUAUCGUCCUUGUGUCGAAUGGCACAGACUGGAUGCGUUUCGCGUAUCGUGUGAUGCUUUCGUCACGCGCAUGUCCGAGCAACGCCCAGGGUGCGAAGCACUCUGGCAUCGUAUUCACAAUCCACUCGGCAUAAAGUUCCGUGGUUGCGGUGCUGGAUGCUAG